AUACGGUGGAGAGAUCCUCUUUUUCAAAUCCCAAGGCUCCAGGCCGUGCAGCGCUAGUAUUGCAUUUUCAAUUAGCUCCUGAGUGAAUGCUUGGCAUAUGUGGAAGUGAGCCGGUACACAAUUAGCUUAUUGUUCCUUCCAGCUUUCUGCUGAGAGGAUCUGAAGGGCUGCUGAAGAGAGGGGAAAAAAAAAGAAAAUAGCUAAGCCAGUGGCAUCUCUGUGGAUGUGGAGCACGGGAGCCGCUGGGCUGGCGCAGAUUCCCGGGCUAAGUCGGGAGUUACAGCUGUUCCUGCGGAGCUCCACCGGCCGCGGCGACGGCGCCGGGGCUCAGCACAGACCCAGCUCCAGCUCCAGCUCCAGGCUCUGCUCUCCCCUGCCUCACCUCAGCAUCGCCAUGGAGCCCAACAGCCCCAAAAAAAUACAGUUUGCUGUGCCCCUGUUUCAGAGCCAAAUAGACCCUGAGGCAGCUGAGCAGAUCAGGAAAAGAAGGCCAACGCCAGCAUCACUCGUCAUCAUGAAUGAGCACAUGCCCCCAGAAAAAGACGAGAAGAGAACAAACAUCUCACAGGCAGAGUCGCAGAGCGCCUCUCCCAAGCAGAGGAAGCAGAGCGUCUUCACCCCUCCUGCCCUCAAAGGGAUCAAGCACCUGAAGAGCCAGAGUGAGUCAGUGUUUCCCGAGGAAGAAGAGGGGCUUGGCGAGCGGGAGGAGGAGUGGGGCCAUUAGCCGGCCGGAGUCCAUCCCGGAGCCCUCCCGGCCCCGCCGUGUCCUGCCCGCCCGGCAGCACCCGGGCCCCGCAGGCACCGCACACGGGUCCUGACACCCUUCCUCCCGGAAACAAAACUGAUAUUUUAAACUCGGGUUUUUUUUCUUUUAUUUUCUAUGACUUAGAAAUGUAAUUCGCAAAUGUGUUAGCUCCCUGAGGUCAGUACUGCCAGAGCUUAACUGCUGCGUGUGAGCUGUAUCUAAGGCUUGUUGUAAAUAAAAGUGAUUUAAAAGGUACAAAAUAAAUAAUACAUUAAUUUAGACAAGAUUGUCUGUUGUACAGAGGGUUUGUCUUGCUAGAGAGAAAUGUUCAUAUAACGUGAUCCUUUCAGUUAAGGACAGUUUUACCAUUGUUGGUAAAGUGCCACAUCCCCCCUGUCACCUGCAGGCAGGACGGGUCACAGCCUUCCUGCCCCCUGUGCACGGCUCAGUGUGAGCCAGUGAGCGACAGCACUGCAAGCUGCACAAACUCACCUUGGGAAUGAGCCCAGGGCUUUAACUGAGGUCAGCAUGGUUCAUAUCGUCCUUUUUGUUUUUCAGAUCACAAAAAACUCUAUGGCAUAAAAUGAAAUAAGGUGGAGAAGGAAAAAAAAUGUUUCUUGAAAGUCACACUUAACAGACUGUUUCAAUUUUUCAAUCAAUGGCAGAUUUUUAAAUUAAUUCACUGUCAUUUUGUAUUAACUGCUUGAUACUUAAGUUUUAUCCUCACUUUAAUAUUCCACUGAUGCAAGUCUCUUUUAAAGGGCUGAGCUAGCAAAAAAACCCAAACAAACAAAAAUAACAAACAAAAAAUAAAUAAAUAAAAUCUAUUACAUAUAGGAAAACACAGAGCCUUUUGUCUAUGCCUUGCAUGGUGAUUUCACUGAUUUCACAACCUCAGGUGUUCCACGAUCUCCUGCUGAGAACAGGAUCUAUUGACUAGUGUUUCUUUAUAUUUAAGAGCCAUUUUUUCCCUCCAUCUGUAUCUCUGUAUCCUGUCCUCUUUGGUUCCAUUUUCCAUAGAAACACUGCAAACAGGAUCCACUACUGCAGCUCAGCAAGGGUGUGCAAGAAGGACUAAAGAAGACUCUGCAAUUAUACAGGAGCCACUACAGGACUUACAGGACAGAGCUUUUUAUGUCCCAAACAACAAAAAGAAGGAAAUUACCCUUCAGAAAGUGUUUGAAUGGCCCCAGUCAGGUCUGGAAUGGCAGCAAGAAGAGCUGGGCUCUGGUCCCAGCUUUGCCAUGGCUUUGCUUUCACACAGACCAGGCUCUUCACAAAAUUUCUUGUUGCCACAGUCUGUGUAUCAGUCACUGGUGUUUAAUUUCACACACAUCUCUAUGUGCUGCUAGCUAAUGAAGCACUUUGGAUGUUAAUGGCUUUCUGCAGGUUAUUGGUACCCACAGGCUGCAGAUGAGAACUGCGCAGGACCUGUGAGCAAAGGAAAGCAUGGACAUGAUGUACAGCACUGGAGACCAGGACAAGGUAUUGAACACUGUGGAAUCUCAGCAUUUCAAAGGCAACACCCAAAACACCUGACAGGAGCUUGGAGAAUUCACCACUGAACAUCCUGUUUCAGGCUGACAGUUGGACUGGAGUUUAAUUACACUUUAUAAAUAAUAAGGGGAAAAAAACCCCACCAGAUUUAGUUUGAACCGUAUUUGACUUUCAGAAUGGUAUAUGUUGUUUAUUCUCCAGGUGCAAAAUCAGAUCAUACUUACGUAGACAUUAAGAGUCAAGAUUUAAAAUUUCUUUCUAAAGCAUUCUGAAGUAUGUUUUCUAAAGCAUGCUUUCCCCUGAAGUCAGAGGAAUUUUGCUUGAGAAAGACCAUAGAUUUUGGCUGAAACAUACUUUCCUUUGGGGAAAUAUGAUGUGGAGUGUACAGGAAAGCUUCUAUUAUCCUGCUAUCAAUUUAAUUACUGGAUUUCUUGCUUUUUCUUUUUUAAGAUUACUAUAAAUUCUGCUAAAGUCUUCAAGAAUUUACCCACUGUCUUCUCAUAGCACUAUUAUUUCUCCCCAGUAAUGUAAACUGAAAAAUCACCAUUAGUUCUUGCACUGUUGGUGUUAUUUUACCAAAAGUGUCACAUCCAACACUGACUCUGAGGCCGGGCUGCAGGAGAGGUUCUAUUGCCUGUGCUUGGGCAAGGGCCUCCCAUGGUGUCCAGGCUCCAGGCACUGAGUAAGGAAGGGACUUCCAGUUCAUCUGCACCUCCUGUAUCACCAGGGGCCAGGCGGGUGGUGGCUUUCACUCUUUGAAAAAAAGCAUUUCAUUCACUCCAGAAGGUGAGGCAUUGGGUGGCUCUCUCCAGAGCUGGCCUGGGUUGGCUGUGAUGGUUGGGGAGGGACCCAAGCAGGGCUCCUGCAGGCUGCAGCUCUGCUUCUGUACAGCCAGCACUGUACAACAAAAUGGCCUGCUUGGUGCAGGGCUCCCCUCCUCAUUUCUUUUCUCUUGAGACAAGUUUUUUUCAUGACAGACCUCAUUCCAGCAGAAAAUAAGGCAUUGUCUGUCCACUAACCCUGGGGGGACAAUGUAAGGGCACAUUUAAAACAUGCAGUCCCUCAAACUCCCCUUUUUUCCUCUCCUAUUGCAUCCAUGCUAGUACCCAGGCCCACAGAUGUUCUUUUUUCAUUCUUUUUAUUAUUUUUUUUCUAUAGCAGCUCAGCGCAAGAGUGAGCUCCAGAAAGAGCCUCAGUUGUUCUGUUGAUUCCUGACAUGUGCAAUUACAUUUAACCUUUUCAUGCACAGCAUUAUGCUUGGCAGCUGGGUGGAUGCUAAAUGCCGUCUGCUUUGCUGCAUUCCCUCCUUUAUCCUCCACUGAGGAUAGCAGCACUUGGAGCAAAUCUCAAGCAAGAUAUUUGUGCACCCUCUGCUAAACCUCAGGCUGUUUCAUCAAAGUGGGCUGAUGGGGUUUAAACAAGUUCAGUGUCUAUAUUCUGCUGCAGAGCUUUUGUGGUUUUAUUAAAUAAUCUGGGGGGAUUAGGGCAGAAAAAUAUUUGGUAUUCUGCUAGGCCAUACACUCUCAAUUUUGUAAUGAUUCAUUUGCCUAGUAUAUACUGACCCUUAGUGGUAAACUGAGAUUUUAAUUGCAUUUCCAGGUUCCUAAAUUUUGCUUUCCUCUUUGGCCCAACUGUUCAGAAAAUAGCAGGAAUAUUUGCUGUGCAUCAGGAUAGUCUAUCCAUGUAAAUAGCCCACAAUGUCUUCAACAGACAUUAACAGGCAUGUGAAAAUAAUGAUGGCAGGUGUUAUUAGCUCUUCUGAAGGGAGGGCUGUGGGAAGCAGGAGUGUCGAAAGGUUAUUCCAAAAUGCAAAACAAGAAGGCUGGCAUUGAGAGGCAAUACUCUCCACAUAAUGAGAAACAAAUAAGAACUCAGUAUCUGGCACUAACGAACACCUCAAGCUAACUGUGGAAUGAGUAUUAAUUAGGUUUCCAAAAUAGCAUCUUUCUGAAAAGCAGCUGAGGUGUAAUAUUGCUCCUUAUUAAUCAAAGCAAUGGGACAAUGUGAACUCUGCAAAAAAUAAAUGGUUUGCAGAUGGCUGUGUGCAUCUUUAAUAAUGACAGAAGAACACAAGUUACAGCUUUAAAUGCCAGGGACCCUUUCUGCAUCUUCUCCCUUUCAGAGAGCGAUAUUUGCAGUUUUCAAGGCAGUGAGGAAAGUGUGUUGGUUUCUUAUUACAUUUUCCCUGCAGCAUAAAUUCUGUUGAUGUGCUUCCCUAAUCAUUCUAAUUAUACUGCCAUAUGUUGCUCUCAUCUUUCUUUUUCUCUCCUAAUGGGACAUAGAUUCUCUCUUUUGAAUAUGUCAUUUGUUUAUUACAUUUAUCAAGGGUUUUAACAUUAUAUGGGACUUUUAAUUGCUUUUUUAAACACUCAGCAGAUUGAAUAUUAAAAACAGACAUGAAGGUCAACUAUAAAUAAUAUUUAAAUUGCUCAUGACAUUUUUAUUCUCUAAUUUACUGGAAAUAUCAACUCUGUAGUCAUGGUCCUGUAUCUGCUAUUUACUUGAAACCACACACAUGUCCUCCAGAGCUACUUUGGCUGCAGUCACAGUUCUGCCCUACCCCAAACCACCUUGUGCCUAGCAGAUUAGGAGUCUUCCCUGGGUGGGAACAGUAAAAUAAAGAUGCAUCAUGUAUUAAAAUGUUUGACCCAAAUAUGCUGCCAUUAUUUCCUGUUGUGAAGUCCUGCUGAAUCCCAAACAAUAAAGGUGAAUGUUCAUUUCUGACAAGUAAGAAAAAUACACUUCUCUUUCAAAGUCGAGCAGUCUCAAAGAUAAAGAAGGACAAUUUCAAUAAAAGAAUUCAAGAUGGCCUAAACUUAAACACAUGCUUUGUAGAGAGACAUUAGACCCUCAGAGUACCCUGCACCACAGAAAACAAAAUCUGUAAGCCAGCUGAAUACAGAGAAAGCAAGAGACAACCAAUUACUAUCCAAUUAACAAAUUAAUUUCUGGUAUAAUGACACCAUCUCUCUUGGAUUUCAAUAAUUACCGAUACUUUCAUGUAACUUUACAUUUAUUCAUGGUAUUAUGAUACAAGUCCCAGAGUCUUUCUUGCAGGUUCAGGACUGUUGCUUGUAGGUGCACCAACAUUAGGUCCUAUGAGGUGAUGAGAAAGCUUUAAAACUACAGUCCAAAUAAAAAUGAAGAAACUUCUGUUUCUGCUUAACUUCCAUCUUAAAGUCAAGAGUGCACCUACCAUUUUGAUUUUUACCCCCUUAUUUGGCUGCACUCCAUUACUUCUGGUUUGUAAUAAUGACCUAUACAGGAUGCUGCAAAUGCAUAAAACUCAACAGCUUUAAAGUUCAUAUACUAUGUAAUCUCAGAAAAGCUGAUUUUGUUAAGAUAUUAUCUGUCCAAGUUCAGCUAAUGUAAAGUCCCCCAACAAUUCUCCACUCAAAAGCCACAAGCAAAGGACUGGCCUAAGCACAAAGAAUGUAUUUUGCAGCAAAGUUCAUCCCAAAAGUUUUAUAAGAGACUUUUUCCCAUUUUUUAUAACAGAUUUUUUCCAUUUAUAACUCCAUAAUUAUGACUCUCUUUGUUCCCAAGGGAAAACUUAGAUAUUCACAGUUUGAUAAAACUUCUGAAUGUUUGCCCUGGGACAUGGAAAAGAAGUCUCUGGAGACCCAUUAAAUACUUAAAUGACCAGGAAAGUAAAAUUAUUCCAGGGAAGUAGCUUAAAUGUUUGCAUAGUGUUUGACAGAGGACAAUUUCUUUUACUCAUAGCAUUAAAUUCAAUUCCACUCAUUUUUCCAUACUGUUUUUCAAGGAAUAGAUUUUUUAAAAAAAUAUUUUAAAAGGAUGUACUCCCCUUUCAGACAAACCUUUUUCUGCUAAACUACUCUAUACAGAAAUCUCCAAUCUGCUGCUGGAGGAUGUUAGUCAUACUUGCAUUUUCCUCUUUCUCAUACAAUAACUGUACAGUCUGUUCAAAAUACACGUUUUAGACACUUACCACUAGUGAUCUUGAUUUGUUAAUUAGAAAUUAUUUUUAUCACAGUAGUGGCUUGUUUGACUUCUGGCAUCUCUACAAGAAGAAGGUCCUUUGUGCAUGUAGCUCAGAUGGCACCUGGAAAAGAUGAACUGCAAAGAAUGUGGUAUAAAGUAGUUGUCUUGAUUUGUUUUCAUCAUGUACCUAGUCAGAAUUUGUACAUGUUUGAGCCUAUGGGAAUCUUUCCAUUCAUUUUCAAUCCAAGUAGAAAGGGGCCCUGUUUAAUUCCAUUUACACUGAACUUGCAUUAUAAAAUUUACACUAUGCCAUGGAGGUAUCCCUCAAAAUCACACCCUUCCUGAAGAAUUGUUGCUAAUAAGUACAGUCCCAGUGGCUCCUUCAGUUUCAACCAUAGUAUGAAUUUUUUUGCAUAAAAAAUAUUUUAUUGGUUAUGAUUUUCUUCAUGUGAGGGCUGUUUUAGCCGUAAAGGCUAAGAAGGCAAGACUAGCUUAAAAAAAUUGUUUUCAAAUGUGCCAUGAGGAUGUGAGUGAGUUUUGUGUGGCAAACAGGGACAAUAAUGGGAAAACUGUGGAGUCCCAAAUGGGUGAAAGGGUUGGAAAGGACCAUAUAUACACACUGUCACUUCUCAAAAUCAGUCAUACACAAAGGAGCAAAAAUGCUCCAGGAAAUCAAAUUUGUAACUAACACUCAGGAGCUUCACAAUCCUUGCCCUCAAAUCAGAUUUAUUUGGGAAUAUCAUCAUAGGAAAUAUGGACAAAUACAGCAGAAUAAAAACACACAGUUGUAGAUCGCCUUCUUGAAAAUUAAAUUAAAAAAAAAAAUCUGGCCAGAUCAUAACCCAUAACAAUAUUACAUAAUAUAUCUGUCAUAUAUCUCAAGAUAAAA